CAGUAUAAGAGCCAUGCAAAGCUAUGCAAAUUAUGCAAAUUCAAGAGACUCUGCGUAUUUGCAUUAAAAACAGAUUUGUAAACUGCUGAGCAACACAAUCUCCUCCACCUAGCUACAGACGUCACAAUGUUUGUGAUGGCAUGCUGAAAUUAUUACAGAUUUUUGCAGACAGUGCAUGCUAUAUGAUUACAAUAAACAACAUGGAGGACACUAUACAUCAGGGGCGGACUGACCAUUUGGAAACUGAAACUCGGGCACUGCCUCAGGGCCCAGGGUCAGUAGGGGGCCCCAUGAGAUGCCCCUGGUACCUUUUUCAUAGGCUUUUUUGAGUUUGGGCAAGGAUACAGGGGCCCCAUGAUCCCCUAUUGCCCGGGGGCCCCAU